CCCCGCCGCCGCCGCUUCCGGAGGAGGAGUAUCAGCAGUUCGUAGACUCCGAUCUCUGGGAUCUGCCUUCAAAUCUGCUGAAACCUCUGAGAGGAGACGAAAGAUGUAAUCUUGUGAUCGAAGGUUGUAUUGCAAGUAGGCUUGGAAGGUGAAGAAAUUGGAAUUUGGGCUCUUAUGAAGUAUGUCGAAGAAGCUGAUUUUGGUCCCGGACCGCCAAUUCACACGCUGUACGUAGUUGGGGUUUUGGACCGGAAAAUAGAAAAUUUAGGAGAUUCUUGUAAAUGGAUAUCCAAGGAUACUGCAUUGGGUUUGCUCCUGGAAGUAAGCAAAUAUUCUGAUCGCAUUGGACCUUUUGUGUUUAUUGGAUUACUGCAUGAUUCAACUGACAGCGAAAAGUGGAAAGACUCUCUGACCACUCUCUAUCAGGAAUACCCUCCAGGUGUCAUGCUUUUCCCUAUGAAGAGUAUAACGGGAGAACCUUUUCAUACAACAAAUCUUGUUGUUAUGGUACCACACAAUGUUGGUAAUAAUAAAUCUGAAAGUUCAGCUUAUAUCACUUAUGGAGAUGCAUUGCUUAUGGAUCCUGGUUGUUGUACACAAUCCCAAUCAGAGCUUGCAGAUCUUGUUGGUGCAUUGCCGAAAAAACUAGUCGUCUUCGUUACUCAUCACCAUUAUGACCAUAUUGACGGUCUUUCAAUUGUCCAAAAAUACAAUCCAGAUUCAAUUCUCUUGGCACAUAAAAAUACCAUGAGUCGAAUCGGCAAAGGUACUUGGUCUCUUGGUUAUACAUCGAUUUCUGGCGGUGAGAAGAUAUGCAUAGGUGGACAAACUUUGGAAGCAAUAUUUGCUCCGGGUCAUACUGAUGGUCAUCUUGCUCUUCUACAUGUUAGUACAAACUCGCUUGUAGUAGGAGAUCAUUGUGUAGGUCAUGGGAGUGCAGUACUGGAUAUCAAAGGUGGAGGUAAUAUGAAGGACUAUUUCUUAACAACAUACAAGUUUCUGGAGCUCUCUCCACAUGUACUGAUACCAAUGCAUGGUAGAAUCAACUUAUGGCCCAAAAGGAUGCUUUGUGGAUACAUUAAGAAUCGCAGAGCUAGAGAAUUGUCAAUUUUGAAAGCCAUAGAAAGUGGGGCACGAACACUAUUUGAUAUAACUGCCAAGUCAUAUGCUAAUGUGGACACCAACAUGUGGCUUCCAGCUUCACUGAAUGUGCAAAUUCAUGUUGAUCAUUUGGCUCAACGGGAGAAGUUACCUAAGGAUUUUUCCAUGAAAAAGUUUCAAGCAUCCUGUCAUCAUUUGCGUUUUCUUUCUCAAUGGAUAUGGAUAUUUCUGAUGGAGCGCAAAGAUUUUUCCUUGAAAGUGUAUCAAGUAACCAGUCGUCUACGGUUUCUUGGUCAAUGGACAUGGAGAGUCCUAGAAGGGCACAAAGUAAGUGCCAUCAAAGUGCUUACAGUUCUCGGGAUUGCUGGUCUUGCAUUGUCUCUUGCACUUAAAUGUACAUAUUGAUGUAUAUUAUCCAGGUUUUAUCUCAGCUUUAGAAAGAAUUUUUAACUCCAUAAAUACAAUUGGUAGCCAACUGUUUGCAAAGGGAUAAAAGCAAAACAUGUAAGUGAGACCUUAUUCGAGAAGUAUGGAUGAAGAUCAUAAUACCAAAGAUCUGUGUUAUUGUAUGUGCUUA